GGCUGGAUGCUAACAGAGAUUGGGUGGCCAUCUUGGAUUCCCAGACCCAGACCGGUCCAGCCAAAGGCCUAAGGGGCAACUUCACUGAUCAGGCCAGGACCAGAAGCGAUAUAAUAGAGGUCAGUGGAUUGGACAGCGUCUUCAACUCUCGUCUGGGGAACAACACUGUUAACCACAACCAGAAACUGACAGUCGAACACAAAACAACCGAAUUUAGUCUCCAUGACAACAUACUGGCUGAGACCAGGGCGAGACGUAGAUUUGGUCUGCAGGGUUGGGUAGGUGUCCGUAUGCAGCUGGAGAGAACAGACACAGACUCUGCUAGCGAUGCUCCAUCCUGCUCCUAUAGUUGUGAUUCAGAGAGACUGAUGGUGCCUCAGGUUAACCCCCUAACAGGUGCUGCCUUCAGCCUGCCUUCUAUAGGAUCUAUCAACUGGAACAUGGACCCUGCGACAACACAGACACUCCCUGGCGCUUGUCCUCCUCACACUCUCCUAAUGUUAAACCAGACCUCAGACAAUGCCAGUGCCUCAACACUAAAUGGCUACACAAGCCCAUUGACAAAUGACAGUAGUGGAGAUGGAAUCUGUAAAGCUGGCAGCGCCAAAGAGAAGCGCUUCCCAUGUUCAUUCUGUGGGAAAGCAUUCAGUUUUCCCAAACAGGUGGAGAUCCACCAGAGGAUGCACACUGGGGAGAAACCAUUCAACUGUACCCAGUGUCAAAUGCGCUUUGCCCGGGCUGGCCACCUGAAGAGCCAUCAGAGAGUCCACACAGGGGAGAAACCCUUCAGCUGCCCCCAGUGUGAGAAGAGGUUCUCCCACCAGCACCAGCUGAAGAGGCACCUGAAGGUCCACACGGGAGAGAGGCCGUUUGCAUGUACGCACUGUGAGAAGAGGUACUCGGAGAGGAGCUACCUCAGGUUACACCUGCAAAAAAUGCACACGGCCUGUGUAUAG